ACCUAACCUACAAAGCUACCACCAAGUUACUGUUAGUUUAGUAAAAGUUACUACUAAACUUAUUUAGUUAGUAAGUUAGUAUGAAGAAGUAGAGCAAGCUGGGCCGCAGACGGAUAGUCUUGUAUAGUUAUUUUUUUAAUUAAUGUUUUGUGUCAAUGUCAAUGGACAAUUAUGUUAAUCCAAAUUACACUAGACAGUAGGCUAAUCCUGAAGUCAAUAAAUAUUUCAUAGUCUAUAGGAAGGUGGGGUAUAUUAGAUAUGACUAAUUCUGGAGAGGUUGUCAAUUCUAAGAUUAUGGAUGCUGAUUCCAGUAGCGAAGAAUAUUUAAUUUUUUCAAACAGCAAUGUUAAAAAUGUAAAUAUUGCUAACACCAGUGUUAGCAGGUUAAGAAGGAAAAAGAUUAAGAAGGGUAUCAUUUUUCUAUCAACCAUUCCGCCAUUCAUGAACGUUACAAAAAUUACUGAAAUAAUGAGUCAAUAUGGAGAAGUUGGAAGAGUGUUCCUUCAGCCUGCUAAAACAAAAGGGAAGAAGCCUUCUAAGCAUUUCACAGAAGGUUGGGUGGAGUUUCUGAGUAAACGAGUGGCCAAAGAAGUAGCAGAGAAUUUGAAUAACACCACCAUUGGAGGACGGAAGAAAAGUAGAUUUUACGAUUAUAUAUGGAACUUGAAAUAUCUCCCCAGGUUUAAGUGGGUUCAUCUAAAUGAACGUUUGGAAUAUGAAAGAGCAGUUAUGAAACAAAAACUUAGAACUGAAAUCGAACUGGCCAAGCGAGAGUCCAGUCACUUUGCUCAACAGGUGGAACUGAGUGAAAAAUUGAAGAAAACAAAAAAUAGAAAAACUGGGAAUGUGAAUGCAGAGGAAAAUCAUCAGAAUACUAAUACAAUCAAGCAGAGGAAAACUGACAAAGAAAUUAGAAAUAAGAAGCAGCAAGCAAGUAAAGAAGAUAGGUCUGCAUUUUUGAAAAAUUUGUUUGUUAAAUGAUGUAUACUUCUGUUUAUAAAUUUGUAUAAAAUGUUACCCAUGGAUAUAAUGUUAUGUUGCCUUACUUGUUGUUAUUGGGUUUUUAUUUUUAAAUAUUUUUUUCAAACAAUUUUUGGACUUGGUGAUGCCAUGCUGCUGUUAAAUUGUGAAUAAAUAUAUCAAAAUUGAAUCGCAGAUAAAUUGACUGAGUAGCUGAACGGUUUAAAGUGCUGAUAAUAAACUUAUAAUAGUUGCCAGUUAAAUCCUAUGAAAAGUUUGAAAUCAUUUUGUGAACAGAACUACGGUACGUAAACCAUCAUUGAAAAUUUAUCUUUUUAAGUUAGUUUAAGACAGUAAAGAAUUUACCCUAGUUUUUCAAAGUUCGUCCAAGCAUUCAAUUUUUCUCCAGCAUACCAUAUAGAUGUAUUUUUUAAAUGAUA